AUGACUACUGCCAAAUCUAUAAGCAGAGAAUGGCUAUUUGAAGCUAAAAGAAGAAUAGAAGAAGGUGAAUCUUACAAAAGUGUGGGAAAGGAAGUUGAAUUGGAAAAUGGUAAAAUUCAAUUGAAUGUUGCCGAAAAUACAAUAAGAAGAGCAUUUCAACUUCAAGAAAUCGAAUUACCAAAAGUUAGUCGCGGCAGAAAACCAAAUCCACCAACAUUUGAGCAAAAACAAUUAAUUAAUUCUUGUGUUUCACAAUAUAAAGGAAGAAUUUCAAAAACUUAUUUAUUGAUUAAAAGGUUUCAAAAUAUUGCUCAAAAUCCCGAUUGUGAGAAAGAAAAAGAAGAAAUUGCAAAAGAAUUUGAAAAUAUAGAAGAUUUGACAAAAGAUCAAAUUUUUGACAAUUUACAAAAAAUAAAGCAUCAUCAAGUGGAAAAAUUUAUGAUGGAAUCAGGUUUAUCUUCAAAAAUAUAUUACAAACCAGUAGAUCCACCUACCAAAUAUCGUGCCAUAUCAAAGAAUUUGAUAUGGCACUGCGAUAUUCAUUACCUUCACGGUAAUGUUUCUUUUCCAUUUUUUGCCAUAUUGGAUGAUAUGACACGUAAAGUUCUCAAAACUAAAUUAUUGAAAAACAAGUCUUCCAACUCAACAGCGAAGGUUUUAAGAAAACUUUUAGAGGAGUUUAUUCCUUACUGCAUCUGGACCGAUAACGGCGGUGAAAACCGCGGUGAAUUCGGCCUGGUUAUGCAGGAAAACGGAAUAGUUUGGAAGCACACCUUGCCGUAUAUGCCAAGACAGAACGGCAAGGUGGAGCGCCUGUGGCCAAGCUUAGAAAAGUUUUUGCCAGACGAGUUGGAUGAUAUUCAACAAAUCAAGGACUCAGUUCAGCAGUUCAUUGAAAAAUACAACAAUACACCACAUUUAUCUCUCGAUAUUAAUCCAAAAACGAAUAGUAAUUACACUCCUAACGAAUUAUUCGAAGUUUCAAAAUUUUGGUACGAGCCAGAAAUGCAAAAAUGGGAGUUAUAUAUCAAAGACGAAUGGGUCUUAGCAAAAUUUGAAUAA